AUGGAACCUGGGGAAGCCCUCAGUGGACUCCGUGACCCACAGUGGCUGAUAGACACGGAGCCUCGCCCUCAUUCACCGCACAGCAGCGCACCCAGUGGCUCUGUGCCCGGAGGACAGACAGGAGGCCUCUGCGGAGCGGUAGUGAGGCUCCCUGGGCAGGGGUGGGGACCUCGUGGAAGGCCAAGGGUGGGGCCGAGCAGGGAGAAAAGCCGGAAGUACUCAGGAGUGUUUAAAGCCCCGGCCGUGUGUCUCCUUGAGGAUGAAGUUUGCUCCCCGGAAGCUGCUGCCCUGCUGCGCGCUCUGGGAGAGGAGAGACAAUGGAACCUCUCCGCGCCCCUGCCAGGGAGGCUGCUUAGUGUGCGCGUUUGGGGGAGCUGCCCCUUCACGCGGGGCAUGGGCCUUGGCGCUGUCACCCACUGGGCGGGGCUGGCUGUGGGGUCGCUGUGGCCACUUGCUGCCUCUUGCUCUCCUCCGUCCAGAGGCCGAGGAAGGACUUCGCCUGCCGCCCACCCCGUACUCACGAAAGGCUCCCGGCAACGGCAGUCCAGGAACUCGGUUGACUUCCCCCGAAAAGCGCCCCCCGGGCACCGGCUGAGGGCGGCCCACGCCUCGUCAGCGCGCCGCGCCACCUGCCCGAGCGUGGCCCCUGCAGCCAGCGCCCGGCUCCACCUUCCCGCGCACACCUGCUCCGGCGGCGCCGCGCACGUGCGCACCCCCCGGCAGGGGCUGGAGGGGGCCGGGAGUGCGGCUACGCGCGGACUACUUUUCGCGGACCCUCAGGCGGCGGGCGGAGGGAUCCCGCGCAGGAUCUUCGCGGAGGGGAGCGCGUGCGGGAUGCGGCCGUCAGCAGUGCGCCUGCGCGCCUGCCUCAGGCACCCGCCGCCUCAGGGACCCGCCGCAUCCGUCUCUGCCUUGGCCCGCGCCGGCUGUGGCGCGGAUCCUCCCCAUCGGCUUCCAGCAGCACUUCCAGGGCAGGGGCAGGAGGCUGGCGUCGGAGCGCCGGCUGGUGCAGCGGGAGGCGCGGGGCCGCACGUGCGGCCCCACCAGCUGUGCUGUCGCCGAAACCCGUUAUCCGGCCCCGACAGUCGGCGCCGGGAGGUCAUAGCCGGAGAGCCCUUCUCGGCGGCCCGCACCGCCGCGGGGCUGCGUCGAGGGUCCGGGACCGACGGCUGCCGGCGUGCCCUGGAGCCCUCGGAGAGCCGGCCGGCCAGAAGCCCCCUCGGAGUCGCCGCCCUAGCACCUGCCUUGCGGCCGCCGCUCGGUGCUAGCCUCAGGGAAGGAGCUUCGAGUUGUGCGACCCAAGAGCUCCAAAACCUGGGAAUUAAUCCAGCCAAUAUUGGAUUCAGCACACUGACCAUGGCAUCUGACAUUAUAUGUGUCCAAGAGAAAGUUGGUGAACCGGCGCAAGUGGUGAUGAUUGACAUGAGUGAUCCAGUGGCACCAGUCAGAUGGCCUGUCUCAGCAGAAAGCGCCAUCAUGAACCCAGCCUUUAAGGUGAUAGCUCUGAAAGCUGGGAAGACACUUCAUAUCUUUAAUAUUGAGAUGAAGAGUAAAAUGAAGUCUCAUGUGAUGGCAGAAGAGAUGAUUUUCUGGAAAUGGGUCUCUGUGAACACUGUUGCCCUGGUGACUGAGACCACAGUUUACCACUGGAACAUGGAAGGGGACCCCCAGCCUGUGAAGAUGUUUGAUAGACAUCGCAGUCUGGCAGCGUGCCAGAUGAUCCACUACCAGACUGAUGAGUACCAGAAGUGGCUGCUCCUCGUUGGCAUCUCAGCUCCGCAAAAUCGUGUGGUUGGGGCAAUGCAGCUCUACUCUGUUUAUAGGAAGGUUUCACAAGCCAUAAAAGGCCCUGCUGCUGCUUUUGCAGAGUUCAAGAGCGAGGGGAAUGCCAAGCCUGCCACCCUUUUCUGCUUUGCUGUACGCAAUCCCGCAGGGGGCAAGUUGCACAUAAUCGAAGUCGGAUAGCCCGCAGCAGGAAACCAACCUUUUAUAAAGAAAGCUGUGGAUAUGUUUUUCCCCUCUGAGGCUCAGACAGAUUUCCCAGUGGCUAUGCAGAUUGGAGUUAAACAUGGUAUUAUUUACGUGAUCACAAAGUAUAGCUAUCUUCAUAUGUAUGACCUGGAGUCUGGCAUGUGCAUCUACAUGAACCAUGUUAGUGCUGACACAAUCUUUGUAACUGCUCCACAUGAACCUACCUCUGGAAUUAUUAGUGUCAACAAAAAGGGACAGGUGCUGUCAGUUCGUGUUGAGGAAGAUAAUGUGAAUUAUGCAACCAACGUGCUUCAGAAUCCAAACCUUGGUCUGCAUUUGGCCAUUUUUGGUAACCUCGCUGGGGCAGAGGAGUUAUUUGAGAGAAAAUUCAGUACCCUGUUUGCACGGGGGAGCAGUGCUGAAACUGCCAAAGUAGCAGCAUCUGCACCAAAAGGAAUCCUGCGUACCAACGACACGGUUCAGAAGUUCCAGAGUAUCCCCCAGCCUGGGCAGGCUUCUCCUCUGCUCCAGUCCUUUGGAAUCCUGCUUGCAGGUCAGCUCAGCCAACUUGAAUCCUUAGAACUCUGCCGUCCAGUUCUUCAGCAGUGGCGCAACCUCUUAGAAAAGCAGCUGAAGGAAGACAAGCCGGAGUGUUCCAAAGAACUUGGAGAUUUGGUCAAAACUGCUGACCCUACACUCGCUCUGAGUGUGUACCUUCAGGCAAACGUGCCAAGCGAAGUUAUCCAGUGUUUUGCAGAAACAGGCCAAUUCCAAAAAAUUGUGCUCUGUGCCAAAAAGGUUGGCUAUGCCCUAGACCAGAUCUUUUUGCUGAGGAGUGUGAUGAGGAUCAGCCCAGACCAGGGCCUGCAGUUUUCUCAAAUGCUCGUGUAGGAUGAACAGCCACUGGCCAACACUGACCAGAUUGUAGCCGUUUUCAUGGAAAACAGUUUAAUUCAGGAGUGGACUUCCUUCUUGUUGGACGCCUUGAAGAAUAAUCGCCCAUCUGAGGGGCACCUCCAGACUUGCCUUUUGGAGAUGAACCUGAUUCAUGCACCCCAGGUUGCAGAUGCCGUCCUUGGAAAUCAGAUGUUUUCACAUUAUGAUAGGGCCCAUAACGCCCAGCUCUGUGAAAAGGCGGACCUCCUGCACCGGGCACUAGAGCACUACACUGACCUGUGCGACAUCAAGAGGGCUGUGGUCCACACUCACCUCCUCAGUCCUGAGACACUUCUUGCUUCCCAUUGGCUUGUCAGCUUCUUUGGCUCCUUGUUGGUGGAGGAUUCUCUGGCGUGCCUGUGUGCUCUGCUGUCUGCCAGCGUCAGACAGAACCUUCAGCUCUGUGUGCAGGUUGCCUCCAAGUACCACGAGCAGCUGGGCACGCAGCCCCUGGUGGAACUGUUUGCAUCCUUCAAGAGUUACGAAGGCCUAUUCUACUUCCUGGGUUCAAUUGUGAACUUCAGCCAGGAUCCAGAUGUGCACUUGAAAUACAUUCAGGCUGCCUGUAAGACGGGGCAGAUCAAGGAGGUGGAGAGGAUAUGCCGGAAGGAUAAUUGCUACCACCCGGAGCAGGUGAAGAACUUUCUGAAGGAGGCCAGCCUCACAGACCAGUUCCCCUUCAUCAUUGUGUGUGAUGGCUUUGACUUUGUCUACAACCUCGUCCUGUACUUAUACUGAAACAACCUGCAGAAGUACAUGAUCUACAUUCAGAAGGUCAACCCUGGCCGAAUCCCAGCCGUGGUUGGAGGGCUGCUUGAUAUAGAUUGUUCUGAGGAUAUCAUUAAAAACCUAAUCAUGGUGGUGAGAGGACAGUUCUCCACUGAUGAGCUGGUGGCUGAAGUAGAAAACGGAAACAGGCUAAAGCUGCUGCUUCUCUGGCUGGAGUCCCGGAGCCAUGAAGGCUGUGAGGAGCCUGCCACUCACAGUGCGCUCGCCAAGAUCUGCAUUGACAGCAGCAGCCCCGAGUGCUUCCUGAGAGAGAAUGCCUACAACAACAGCCUUGUGGUGCGCCAGUACUCUGAGAAGAGGGACCCACAUCUGGCCUGCCUUGCCUGGGAGAGGGGGCAGUGUGACCUUGAGCUCAUCGAGGUUUGCAAUGAGAAUUCUCUGUUCAAAAGCGAGGCCCACUACCUGGUUCACAGGAAGGACCCAGAGCUCUGGGCUCAAGUCCUUGAGGAGACCAGCCCAUCCAGGAGACAGCUGGUUGACCAGUUGGUACAAACAGCAUUGUCAGAAACACAGGAUCCUGAAGAGGUCUCAGUCACUGUGAAGGCCUUCAUGACAGCUGACCUGCCUAACGAACUGAUUGAGCUGCUGGAGAAGACGGUUCUGCAUACCUCUGUCUUCAGUGAGCACAGGAAUCUCCAGAAUCUGCUGAUCCUGACCGCCGUUAAGGCGGACCACACACGGGUCAUGGAAUACAUAAGCCACCUGGACAACUGCGAUGCCCCAGCCAUUGCCAGCAUUGCUGUCAGCAGUGCCCUGUACGAGGAGGCGUUUGUCAUCUUCCGCAAGUUUGACAUGAAUGCCUCAGCAAUCUGGGUCCUGAUCGAGCACAUGGGAAAUCUAGACCGAGCAUACGAGUUUGCAGAGAGAUGCAAUGAGCCUGCUGUGUGGAGUCAGCUGGCCCGCGCCCAGCUCCAGAAAGACUUGGUGAAGGAAGCCAUCGACUCCUACAUCAGAGCUGAUGACCCUUCCUCUUACCUGGAGGUCACUGAGGCAACCAGUAGGAGCAGUAAUUGGGAAGAUUUGGUUAACUUCCUGCAGAUGGCCAGGAAAAAGGGCCGUGAAUCUUAUAUAUAGACUGGACUUCUUUUUGCCCUGGCUAAAACCAGCCAUCUCUCUGAGCUAGAAGAUUGUAUUAAUGGACCCAGUGAUGCCCACAUCCAGCAGGUUGGAGACCGCUGUUACAAGGAGGGAAUGUACAAGGCUGCCCAGCUGCUCUACAGCAGUGUUUCUAACUUUGCCCACCUGGCUUCCAACCAGGUCCACCUCGGGGAGUAUCAGGCAGCGGUGGACAGCAGCGCCAAGGCCAAGAGCACGUGGACGUGGAAGGAGGUGUGCUUUGCCUGUGUGAAUGGGCAGGAGUUCUGCCUUGCACAACUGUGUGGUCUUCACAUCGUUGUUCAUGCAGACGAGCUGGAGGAACUGAUACACUAUUACCAGGAUUGGGGCUACUUUGAGGAGCUGAUCUCCCUCCUGGAGGCAGACUGGGGCCUGGAGCGGGCCCACAUGGGCAUGUUCACAGAGCUGGCCAUCCUCUACCCUAAAUUCAAGCCGCAGAAGAUGCCAGAGCACCUGGAGCUCUUCUGGUCCCGUGUCAACGUCGCAAAGGUAAUCCGAGCUGUGGAGCAGGCGCACCUCUGGGCACAGCUGGUGUUCCUCUGUGACAAGUGUGAGGAGUAUGACAACGCCAUGCUCACCAUGAUCAAUCACCCUACAGAUGCCUGGAGAGAAGGGCAGUUCAAGGACAUCAUUGCCAAGGUUGCCGAUGUGGAACUCUGCUGUAAAGCCCUGCAGUUCCAUGUGGAUUACAGACCUCUGCUCAUCAACCACAUGCGGCUUAUGCUGGUGCCCCGGCUGGACCACACCCGGACGGUCGGCUUCUUUUCAAAAGCGGGCCAGCUGCCUCUGGUGAAGCCUUACCUGUGGUCAGUUCAGGGCCACAACAACAAGAGUGUGAAUGAGGCGCUCAACCACCUGCUGAUGGAAGAGGAGGAUUAUCAGGCUGUGUUCUCCUAGAACCCUAGGAGAGCGUCUGUCGAUGCUUAUGACAACUUUGACAACAUCGCCCUGGCACAGCGGUUGGAGAAUCACCAGCUGAUCGAGUUCAGGCACAUUGUUGCUUAUCUGUACAAGGGCAGCAGCUGGUGGGCCCAGAGCGUGGCGCUCUGCAAGAAAGACCAUCUCUACAAGGUCACUGUGCGUCUGCCUUGGUUGUGGGACGCCAUGGAGCAUGCUGCCAAGUCCCGGGAUGCUGAGCUGGCCGAGAAGUUGCUGCAGUGGUUCCUGGAGGAGGGCAAGCAGGAGUGCUUCGCGGCCUCUCUCUUCGCCUGUUACAACCUGCUCUCCCCAGAUGUGGUGCUAGAGUUGGCCUGGAGACACAACCUCCUGGACCUGGCCGUGCCCUGCUUCAUCCAGGUGAUGAGGGAGUACCUUAGCAAAGUGGACAGACUGGAUGCCUUAGAGAGUCUACACAAGCAAGAGGAGCGUGUGGUGGAGCCCUCCCUUCUCCUGUUUGGCCAGCAGCUGAUGCUGACUGCAGGCCCUGCUGCAGGCCCAGGCCCAACUCGCUUCCCCUGUGGAUAUGCUUCCACUCCCGCCUUCACCCAGCCUCUGGUGUACGGCUUCAGCGUGUCCUGUGUGCUCAGUAGCAACACCCCCUCUACCCAGUUCACCAAGGACCGCAUCACCCCAGAAGCACAGAGGACCCCGAGGGGAGGCGGGGACACCUGGACUGACUUUAUUUUGGCUGGGGCCCGUUGAUGGCAGCCUCCCAGCCGUUCUGGAUCCUGGGGAGGCCAGCAUAGUCACUGACUGCCCGAGAAGACCAGCUUCAGCCCCCGGCCCAGGGAGGUCAACUUCUGCCUCCAGGCCCUCUGGCUGGAGCCAGGCGUUCCUAGGGAGUUCCAGUCCGCACGGAUUCCCUGGCGCUUGGCGGGAGGGGCACCCUCUCUUCAUUCGGCACUGGCAGAGCUGCCCCCUCCAGGCCGCUUUGCAGACACAACUGAACGUAUAACCUGGCUCCGAGCCUCCUGCCGAUUGUGAAUAUUAAAGUUGGUUUAUCAAGGCAAAGCUUCCCUGCUUGGUGCUGGUUGGGUAGGAGAGGACAAAAGAUUGCUGAGACCUCUGUGGGGGUGGGGGACCUGCGUGUGCCCUGGAAGGCAGUCCGGGGGAUACAGCCGGGCUGUAUUAGGGCCUUUUCCCGACCGUGUGCACUGCACGGAACUCUCACUCCCGUAGGGGGAGUAGUAUCCGCACAGCCUUCAAACAGCAAGCAUGGGGUGAGGCCCACAUGUUUCGGGGAGGGUCUGCCCCUCUCCUCCACCCCCGAUCUCCGGCGGUCCUGUCGCUCCUGGCGCAGACCCCAAGAUCCGCUCCUUCCCACGCCGCACUCUGCUCGAUGCCCCAGCGGGUUUUACACACUGCACCUUGACCCCCCGGUCCAGGCCGAGUGGCAGCGCCGCCUCCCAAGGACCAUGCCUCCGCCCCCACCACGCUUGGUUCUCCGGACACCCGGGCUCGGGCAUUGGUUGGGUCGUCGUCUCCGCCUCGGCGCGCCCCGCCCCGGCCUCAGUUUCCCGGGCUGCACGGGGCGGGCUGGGGGCGGGGCCCGGCUCGGACCACGCGGGGCGGAGCUCGGGAGCUGACGCGGCCGCCCCGCCCCCCAGACCAUAACCCGCCGCCGCCGCCGCCGCCGCUGCUGCUGCCCCCGCGGACCGAGCGCCCAAGGCAGGAGGCUCGGACCCGAGGCCGACGUCGGGCGUCU